AUGGCAUUAACUGACAAAAGACCAAUUGCUUUACCAGUUACUACUACGCACAGUUCUCCUUCGUUCAACCCUGCUAGUUUAAACAUUGUUGAAUCAAGAAAGAACAGUAUUGCUGCUCAUUUAUCAAAGAAUCCUUUACCUGAUGUUUUAGAACACGAUAACGAGGCUGCUGGUGAUGCUGAUCUCGAGGAAGAAGAUGAAUUAUUGUCUCCGCAACCGCACUCCCAAGAUGAAGACUCGCCCAGUCCUCCGAGAAGUGUUUCUCCAGAUUCUUUAAUGAAUGAUAAUGAUAGCGCCAAGGAAACCGGUUCUUCUCGCGAAACAACCCCUCCAACAACUACAUCUACUCCGCCUUCAUCUCAAAAUGACUCAGAUGCACCACCAGAAAAGAUUAAAAAGCCUAAAAAUACUUCUCGUGCUCCGAUUGCCACUGGUGUAUCCACAAACAUUCCGGUUACUGGUGAAAAACCAAAGCCUGAACAAACCAAUGAUCCUUCCUUAGAGGAUGAUGUAUUAUAUGCUAUCUUCAUCAUCUUGUAUGAAAAGGAUCCUGAAGGUGCUGGUAUGACUGUCAAACAAAUUUGUGAUAUUUUGAUUGAGCAACAUCCAGAUAUGGCUAACUUGUCUACUAAAACUUCUAAUUUAGUCAGUGCUAAAUUGAAUGCUUAUGUUAAACGUGUUGAAAAAGGUGAUACAAGUUUAAAGUAUGCGUUAUCAAGAGAUUGGGCAGAUGCAUCUCCAAAGAGAAUGGUUUAUGUUUACCGUGGUAUUUUAGCUGAUGACUUCCAUAUUCAUGCCAAAAAGUUAAUGGAAGAACAAAAGCUUAAACAACAACAAGAAAAUGCUGCUGCUGAAUUAAAAAAUGAUGAUGAUGACGAUGCUUUUGAAGUUGGUAAACAAGCCUUGGCCAAACCAAGAAGACAAACUAUGUUUGAUUUAGGUGUAACCAAGAAUACAUUCUUGGACAGUCCUAUUGAAAAAUGUAAUUUGUUUGUUCCUUAUUCGUCUGCUCCAGUUGCUGCAUCCUUGGCAGAACUUAGUAUUACUUUCAAGAAUGAAGAAGAAGAUGAUGAUGAAGAAGACGAUAAUAAGGAAACUUCUGAUCUUGAAUUGGACUUUGAAGUUUUUGCAGAUACUGAUGAAGAAGAAGAUGAUAAUUUGAUUGAAACUUUACACAAGAGUGGUAAACGUUCUAAAUCGAUGUCUUACUUGUCGUUCACUCACAAAGCCAACAACAACAGUAAUGCCAAUAAGAAAACCAAAAUUUUAACCGCUGCAGCUGCUGCCCCAAGAGCUUCUAGAGCUCCAAGCUCUCAUAGUGCAAACGCUGCUGCCGCUGCUGCUGCUUUACACGCUGCCGCCUUACAAGCAAUUUCUAACCCAUCUUCAACAGCUGGUUCUCUUGAUAAAGGUUCAGAAGGGUAUUCAGCCAACAAGAAAUGGUUGAAUGUUAUUAGAUCAGGGUUUAUGACUCAAGAUAUUGCUACACCUGAAGAUAUUAGUUUAUCAGAUCUAGACAAAUUUUUCUCAUAG